AUGAUCGCGCCCAUGAGGAUGAGAGGGGAGGGAGUGAAACAUUCCCAAGGAGCAGGAGAGGGCGGGCACCGUGCUGGACACACCCCCCCCCAACCAUCUGCGCCACCACGGACGCCCGUAUACGCGUCCCCACCUGCAGCUCUUGACUCCCCCUUCCUUCCUCCCCUUUCUCACCAGCCCGCGCCCCUCCCCCCCUGCUACUCCAUCCCACGCUCGCUGCCUCUCACUCCUCCCUCUGCCUGCCCCUCCUUCGCGCUGCUGCUCCACUGCACCCACUGCCUGUCUGGCCCCGUCGCUUGCGGCACCCAGGUGAAGUGGUCCCACAAAGGAGCAGACGGCGAGCACGGAUGCUGCGGGGCUCACUUGGGCGGACGGCGACAAGGAAGGAGAGCAAGGAACAGGAUGAGCGACACGGGGAAGCGAGAGGGGGGAGAAGCGGGGACGAAGGGCAAGGACGGUGGGACGGAAGGAGAAGGAAGCGCUGCCUGCCUGCCUCUCUACUCUGCCCUCGCUACCCUGCUCCUCCCCCACCCACCCCCCUGUCCCCCCCCGAUCCCCCCUGAAUACAUUCCGCGCCCUCCCCUCCUCUCCGCCCCUGCCCUGUUCCGCCAGCGUCACCGCCGUCACCCCUCAUCGCCGCACCCCGCUCCUUCUGCGCCCUUCGCACCUGCUCCGCCGCGAAAGCAAUCUCCCUUGCUGAACCCGCGCAGCUUCCGCCUGCUUCCCUGCGCCUGCCCCUGGCUUUGCCGCAUCAUCUGCAUCAUUUGCCCCUUUCUUUCCUGUCGCCCUCUCUCUCGCAUUCGCCUCUUCCUCUCCCAGUCUCCUUCCUUAUUCUCUCAUUCUGUUCCUCUCUUCCUUCCUCACCCCCUUCCUCUCUUCCUCUCUCAUCCUGAUUCGUACUACCUGUCUCCUCCUCUCGUAAUCUCUCACUCUCUUCCUCUCUUCCUCUCUUCCUCCCUCAACCUCUCACACUCGUCCUCUCUCUUCCUCUCGUCUCUCACCCUCCUCUUUUCUUCUCUCACUUUCUCCCUUUCUUCGUCUCUCACCCUCCUCUCUUCCUCUCUCACUUUCUCCCUCUCUUCCUCUCUCUUCCUCUCCUCCAUCUGCCCAAGCCUCUCCGCCAGUCUCGUCGUCACGCCAACCUUCAUGGCGCGCAGCAAGCACCAUCGGCUCACGCCCAUCAGCUGCUCUAACGACAGCUCCUCCGCGCUCCCUGUUCCUCCGCCCAUCAUGCCGCUCGCGCGCAUCGCCACGUCGACCUGCCGCCUCCGCGCAUGCAUUCCGCCUCCACCGAACUCCCUCGUUUCCCCAACCUCCGCCUCGGCGAUUUCCCAGUUCUCCGUUGCGCCCUUCUCAGCACAGCAUCUGCGCUUUCUGCGCUGCGCCUCGCCGCGCAAAUCGCCGCAAAGGGUCCAGCCGUUCAUCCUCUCUCAUCUGUUCUUUGCGGAUGCCCUGGGGCAAAAAGAAAGUACCAAGGAAGACGAGAGGCACAAGCCAAUGAGAGGAGCCCCGACAGGAACUGGCGGAGCAGAGCUGAAUUCCAGUGAUUCUGAUGCUGGCAGUAGCAAGGCCAAGGAAGUGGGGAAGGUAGGCGCUGCCAAACAUGAGCAGUGGUUAGAGCUUCAAAAUUUGGAAGAGUGGCUGGAUGCCUUGCUGGGGGCAGGACAGUACCAGCAGGGUGGACAAGGUCAAUUCACUGCCGCAAACAGAGGGGAAGCAGAGAAGGCGGUAGAGGAAGAAGACAAGAUUAUGACGCGAAAGAAGCACGCUUUCCAGAAUGACCCGGAUGGAGCGGGACAGCCCACCGGGGCAACCGGAGGAGCAGCAGGGAGAGCAAUAGUGGAGGAACGUUCAAAGCCACUUCAGCUGCUGUCUAGGCUGGACAUGGUUCACUACUUGAACGUGACGGGCGGGUGGGAUGAGGAUCUGCCAAUUGUCACUGAGCUGGGGGGGAGCAGGCAGGGGGAGAUUGACAAUUUUGCGUCCAUGCUGGUGCAGGUGCUGGGGGUGAAGGAGAGUGCUGAUCUAAAGGAAGGGUUUGGGUUCUUUGUGCAGCAACUGCUGUCAGGCGGGCUGGAGAUGGCGCAUGCACAGGGGAGGGGGGGAGGUGGGGGCAAGGCUGCUGAGAAGGUGCAUGGGAAGGGGAAGGGGAUGGGGUUGGCUGAGGAGAAGGCUGUCGAGAAGACGUAUGGGGGGGCGAAGGGCAUGUGCGAGGCUUCACCUGGGAGGGAGGAUGGGAGACACGGAGAGGAAGAGGCAGGGAGCAAGGUAGAGAUGGAUGGGGUUGUUGGCGUGUGGGGGAGGGCACGAAAGGACGUGAAGUGGAGGGCGCAUCUGAAGGGACGUGUGUGGGAGAGGUUCGGCGCCAUCCCGAAGCCUCUAGAGGGAAGCAGCAUUGCUUUGGAGUGGGAGGAGUGGGCUGCAGGCGAGGAAGCUGCUGUGAAGUUUCCUGUGAACCGAAAGGAGAGGUGUUUUGGGCUUGGGAUAGUGGAGGAGCGUGGUGAAGCAGCUGAGAAGCUGAUUGGGCAUCCUGCAGAAGGCCAAGGAGAUGUGGACUUCCUGGUGGGGUUUGCCGGGUAUGUCAUGCACCCUCCUGCCUGCACCCAGUGCAGCACCUGCUCUGCGGAAUUCAUGCAAUCCGUGUGCAUGGCUGCUCUCAUUGUCAACUUUGCUUACUGCCCCGUCAGCCAUCUGUUCUCCCGCUUGCUCUCGGUCUUCCCUCCCUCCUCCCCUGGCUUCGACAAGCUGGUUGAGUGUCUGGACCUCCCCGCACGCCUGCCCAGGCCGUUGAACCUGCACAUGCUGCUGAGACGAGCGGAGCAAGUGCCUCUGUACUUCCUCAUUCACAUGGCAGUGUGGUGCGCUCGUCCUCUUCUGAAUCUUGCUUGUUCUGAGGGAGGGUACAGUGAGAAAGGGCAGGGAGUGCAGUCAGGUGCACGAAAAAAUGAAGUGGCGGAAAUGGGAAAAGGUGGCAGUGUGAAGGUGCAAGGCUGCUGGGAUGGUGAGGUGUGGGAAGAGGUGGAAAUAUGGUACUUUGCAGCAAUGAAGACAUGGAUGUCAAACCUGAGGGUUGAGGGAGGGAGUGAGGAGUGCAGCGGCAGCAGAGAGCGGGAGAGGCCUACAGGGGGGUUCGAUAUCACGUGGGCUCUUGCAGCGGCGAUCAUCCCGAGAUACUGUGAGGGGUUGCAGGGGCAGCAAAGGUCUGCCAUGGGGAGCAGCAACAAGGGCAGCAGCAGCAGCAGCGGCGGCGGCUGUGAGAAGAAGGGCGAGAAGGGGGAGGAGCCGGCGUAUCUGAAGGCAUGGCCAGGGGGAGUCAAUCUGGUGGCAUGUCUGCGAGAGAUGCUGCUGGGGGAGCCGUGCUACCACCCUGCCUCCCCUGCUGCCCCUUCCAUCCAUGCUACUGCUUCCACCCAUCCUGCUGCUUCCACCCAUCCUGCUGCUUCCACCCAUCCUGCAGAUAGCAUCCGAGCUGGAUCUGCUGCUACCGCUGCUGCUGCUUCAGGUGUCCGAGGCCGUGUGUGCGGUGCUGCGGGAUGUGGGAUGGUGGAGGGUGGCGGAGUGAAGCUGAGGAGGUGCGGUGGGUGUGGCAAGGUGGCGUAUUGCAGCAGAGAGUGCCAAAAGGCGCACUGGCCCUCCCACAAGCUCACAUGCCCUGGCAGGAACAGCGGGGAGAAGAAUGGGAAGGAUGGGAGUGGGGUUGGGAGCAAGGAUGGUCGCAUAAAAAUUGGCAAGGAGAGUGAUUGUGAGGGUUGCGCGCAUCGUCUGAACGUCGUCAUGAACAAGUGGUGUGGGAUGUGA